CUGCCAUGGGACUCAGGCUCCUCUGUGGUGUGGCCUUUUGUUUCCUGGGAGUAGGUCUCAUGGAUGCAGAAGUAACCCAAGUCCCAAGAUAUCUGAUCAAAAGAAAGGGAGAGAAAGUUUUGAUGGAAUGUUUACAGGAUAUGGACCAUGAAAACAUGUUCUGGUAUCGACAAGACCCAGCUCUGGGGCUGCAGCUGCUCCACUUCUCAUAUGGGGUUGACAUUUAUGAGAAAGGAGAUUUCCCCGAUGGGUACAGUGUCUCUAGGAAGAAGAAGGAGGGCUUCUCCCUGAUCCUGGGGUCUGCCAGCACCAACCAGACAUCUGUGUACCUCUGUGCCAGCAGUAUAUCCACAGCGCUGCACAACCACAUCCUCUCUGCACAAAAAAGGCAGCUUCCUGGACAGAGCUUGACACUGAUUGCAACGGCAAAUCAGGGCUCUGAGGCCACUUAUGAAAGUGGAUUUACCAAGGACAAGUUUUCCAUCCGCCGCCCAAACCUAACGUUCUCCAUUCUGACUGUGAACAGUGUGAACCCCGAAGACAGCAGCUUUUACUUCUGCAGCGCUGGAGACACAGUGCCGGGCACAGAUCAGAGAUCUGAGCAAGAACUUCAGCUUCCUUCUGCCCAUCUCCCUCCUCCCCAGUUCUCAUCCAGAUGA